AUUCAAUGAGAUGUAAAGUGGCAACAAAAUAAAGUGUAUAAAUCCGCAAAACUCGCGGCUCCCUUGUAGCCCGAUUUCCUAAAACCGGACAUAUAUCUCAAUAUAAAUAUUCCUUCUAUCUCAGUUUAUUUUAUUAGUAAUAAAUAUAUUCGCAGAAAUAUUUCAAGUUUCAAUAAAUUGAUUGCUUCAUUCAUAAAUCAUCACUGAUUUCUUUGAUAUAACCGAGGAGGAUUGGUGAUGGCCGAGCAUCACUGUGGAAGAGAUAACCACCACAUGAGGUCGUGCGCCUUGUCGUCGGCCGUCGACGGCGCCGGCGAGAUCAUUCUGUUCGGCGUCAGAGUGAAAGUAGACCCUCUCAGGAAGAGCGUUAGUCUGAAUAACUUGUCUCAGUAUGAUUACAACAAGAUGAUCGAAUCCACCAAAUCAGCGACUGCUCUCGCCGACGAGGGAUAUGCGUCGGCCGACGACGCUGUCCUCCUCAAUCAGCCUACCGGCGGCCGUGAGCGUAAGCGAGGAGUUCCAUGGACAGAGGAAGAACACAAACUGUUUCUAUUAGGUUUGCAGAAGGUCGGGAAGGGAGAUUGGAGAGGAAUCUCUAGAAACUUCGUCAAGACCCGAACCCCCACUCAAGUGGCAAGUCAUGCUCAGAAGUACUUCCUCCGUCGGAGCAACCUCAACCGCCGACGUCGACGCAGAUCUAGCCUCUUCGACAUUACUACGGAUUCGGUUACCCCGAUGUUAACCGAAGAGCAAGAAUCUCUUACAGCAAACUCAACCCCGGGAUCUCUAUCCAGCCCAUUGCCUAUUUCAGAAUUAUCCCAAAACAGUCCAUUUGCAUUUGCCAGUACACCUGAGCAAAUCAGUUAUAGUGUGCAACAAAUCCAAGUUGAGGAAAAGCCGAUACGCAAUCUUACCACUACUCGAACUGAUGAGCACAGUGAUCCAUCGCCCGCGUUCAUUUUGCCAGUUCCUGUACCUCAUUUGAAUAAUCCAUCAACCCGCAUUGUCAUUAACUUGAAUGAGAGUGUGGAGAUGGAGCCUUCAUCAUUGUCCUUGAGUUUGUCAUUGCCGUUUGAUCAAACACAAACUCAUUCUUCCAGGCACCAUCUAUAUCCGGCGGUGUCCAGUUUGAAUAGUGGAGAUUCCAUCAUUGCGGUGGCAUGACAAGGGAACUCUUGAAAAGCGAAUGAUACCUAGAGUGGUUCCGUUAUGAAAUACGGAGUAUGCAGUAAUUUGGUCGAGUCGAACACAAAUGUUCUUUUGGAAAUCUGGAUUUUCCAUUGCAUGUUUACUUCAAAAUUAGAUCUUUGCACCCCCAUGUUUUGUUUUAUUUGACUUUGCACCCUGGAUUACCCAAAAGUGGGGUGCAAAAUCAAAUAUUAAUAUGUAUAAAAUAAUGAAGUGCAAAGUCUAAGGUCAGUUUGUUUGAUCUACCAGUCUCUAUCAGAGGUGGGGGUUACUGUUAGAGAUUUGCAAUUCUAUACUGGUGAAUUGAAUUGCGACUCGUUCUUAUGUUUUUGGGUAUCCCUUUACAGUGCGCCUAUAUUCGGUCGUAUCAAAUAAUCGGAAUUAAUAAAUUCGUAGAUUCCUUUGGGUAAUUAUUUGCUACAAAAUAUUUAUUUAUAUUCUAUUAC